AUGGCGGACACAAUUCCUUUGUUGGAGUAUGAGUCUGGAAUGUUUUUGGAUGUUAUGGAUGAAGAUGGCUUGCUCAUUACUGCCAAGUAAGCCAGAUAUAAUCAUGAAUGUAUAAUAUAGUUCUUAUAUUCCUUUUGAAGUUCUGGAAUGAUGAAAACUGGCUAACAGACAUUCCAACUACUGGAGGUAAAAUUUCGGGAGACUGCUCAGUGAAUUGAAAUCUAGUUCUUCUGUGAAAAAAUAAUAAAAAUUAAGUCUUCUGAAAUGGCGUUUCCUGCAUUUUGGGAAGAUGUUGUUAUAAGUGAUCCUAUAAAUUGCCAUUAAGGAACUUCAUAAAAAGGUCAAGACAGACUAUUAUGUUGCUAAAAGCAGUAUGUUUACGAUUUUUUUACUAUAUUUCCUGAAUAUUCUGAAAAAUCGGGAGAAUUUUAUAAAAAUCGGCAGAGCAGGAGAUUGCAUGAAUUUUCGGGAGACUCCCGGUAAAAUCGGGAGAGUUGGAAUGUCUGGGCUAAAAAUGAGCGCACUACCGUACGUACUUCAAAGCUUUGGAAAAAAUCAUUUUCUUCCUGGGAGCAAAACCUCCAGACCAACGGAAUAUUUUUGUGCAAAAUCUGCAUGUGCAUAAACAUAUAAUGCUCUAGCUGACCAUGGUUUUAAAUUCAAGGAAUAAUGUCUCAACCAUAUAUGUUGUUGCGCCCAUAGUUAGUAGGACAUGGAUGUUAAUAAGGUUUCCUUCAAAUUUUCAAUAGCAAAUCUUCAUUCAAACGAAUUUCCUGCAGUUGUUUAACAUUUCUUGCGAGCAUUGCUCACAUGCUUGCCUAUUUUUUCCAUCCUUGAGGCUUGAUACCUGAUUUGCUACCUAUUUGUCUCAAUUGUCUGGCAUGUCUUGAUUUAAUAAUUUUCCAGACUGUAAAGUAUUAUUUUUACAGUCUGGAUAGUUUUUAGCUGUUUAGUUCUAUAUCCUUGUGAAAUGAAGAUUUAAACUAAACUAAACGGCGAAACCCUUGAUCAAGCUUAUUUGGUAGGAGCGUAGAGGAAAGAGCCUGGGAAUGAGGUUGACCUUGAAUAAAACAAAGUAAUUAUUUACCAACAUUUAUCUUUGAGAUAGCAGCACUUGUUCUAGCCUGCGUAGCAGGCGGUAGAAGCUAGAAAUACCGCCUGCCCAAAAAAUACACAUUCUGAGUUCCGCCCACCGAAUGCAUGGUCCCGCCUAUCUCAAUGUAUUUAUUUGUCAAACUCACAUAUUGCGCCAGUGCAAAUAUACGGCUUUGACGUUUCAUAUCUUCGGUUCAUUCAAUGCUAUGAAGACAAAAAUAUCACGUUUGAUUCAAUGUAACAAUAUGUCCUCGGUCAUAGUGAUAGUUUAGUCGAUGUCAACAUUAUAGCGAUUUAUGAGCUUUGAAAGUCAAGCGAGUUUGUAUAUUCUCAAAUUACGCAAUUGUCUGAACAAAAAUAUAGACUAGCCAUACCUUUCGCCGAACAUAACUUCGGCCCCGUCGGACGUAACUUCUUUGUAAUAGUCUUGUUCCAAUCGCUAUCAAAAACACUACUCAGAGUGUCAUUUACGAGCCUGUACCUUCAAGUCUGCACUUUUAGUUUUAUCACGGUAACACAUCUCUAUCAAGCAUUAACAACAAAUGUUGGAUUGAUAUUUGUUGUUCAUUCUUCAAGACGAUGUGAUUACCGAUUCCAGAUAAAGAUUAAAGAAUUCAACUCUUAAUUCUCAAUUAAUACAUUCGUUAUUUUUUGGUUAGUGUAUGCCAUCACUCGAUAUAUCGGUAUCAAUUACGAAAAUAACAAUAGUUUAUAUUAUAAAUACGGCAACAGUAACUUCUAAAAUUAGCACUAAUUAUUCUAAUUCUUUACUCCUGUCAAUCAAAAAUUCAAAAUCAACAUUCUGACCAAUGAACAUUCUGACCAAUCAGAAUGCUCCGGCACCCAGCUGCCGGAGAACUCAGAAUGUGUAGUUUUUGGGCAGGCGGUAUUCUAGCUUCCCGUUCUCUCGUGCCCGCGAAUACCGCGGAACUUUAGAACUUUAGAACUUUUUAAAAGUCUGGUCAGAUCCCAGUUUGUCCAAAGUCAAAGAAGUGGUACUCCAGUAAGGAAUCUAAGCUGUACAGCAAUACAUUUACUGUAGUAUUUGGCGCACAUGUCCAGCGCAUAAAAAAGUCUCAUUCCAUACAGGGUGGUACUGGUGCACCUCUAAUAUAACCAACUAGAGUUCUCUAACCAACUAAAGUAUUAUUUGCAGGAAUAUACAUGUGUAAUAUUUGUAACUUAUGAUCAUCACAUGUUAUCUGCAUAUUAUAAAUUUUAUUUUUCCAUGGCUAAUAUCCUCAACCUACCAUCCCGUAGUAGGUGUACAGUAACACCUCCCUAAUUUAGAGGUAACUUGAGCUGAUAUUCAGAUAAAUCAUAAGAACAUUGAUGUGCAAAUGUCGAAAUUAAAACUUGAUGCAAACUUUAACUGAUGCAAACUAAAACUGAUGCAAAAAGUAUUUUUUCAUAGUCGAAUACCAGGGCUGCUGUGAAAACUAAAGGCUUAAGGUGCUUCCAUUUAAUAAUUUUUCCAUUUUGUUUAUUUCUAAUUGUCUAUUGUCUAACCCUACAGUAUUUAGAGUUCUUUUGAUGCGAGUUUGCGAAAUCAAGACCUUUCCCUUUAUGACUGAAAUUUUGAUCUUGAUAUGCCUGGAGAAAAAGUUCAUCACAGCUUGAAAGAGCAUCACAAAAUUAGUAAUAUUCCGAAGUUGUGAUAAUAUAGCCUUGCAAAGUUUGCCGUUUUUCAGUCAUUUUGCAUUACAAACGAGAAAUUGAUAAUCAGAUGAUCAAACUGAUUAUCAAUUUCCCAUUUGUAAUACAAAAUGACUGAAAAAUGGCAAACUUCGCAAGGCUACCGUAUAUUAUCCACAUUUUACAACAUUUUUCCAGACUUGUCUAGAUCAAAAUUUCACUCAAAAGGGGUAAGGUCUAUUGACUUCUGCAAAGACCAGACUAGAGUCUAGAAUCUAGAAAUUAAAAAUUUGACACUGAUCGAUAUACAGUUAUACAAUUGAUUGGAAAGUUUAACCCAUUGAGCCGCAUUGCGCCCAGUGCGCCCUCUCAUGCAAACUAAAAAUGCAAAAUUAAGAGUUAAUGGUCAGAUAAAGAAUUAAAGAGAAACGGUUGGUGAUAAAAAACUUCAAGGAAAAAGGAAAUAUAUUAAGUCUGGAAAUAUUUUAACCCCUCCCCCUCAUGCCUGUAGUUAUGAAAACCAUGAUGUGCAAAAAUGGCAGUAUGAAAUUGUUGUGACACAGGAAAUCUGGGUUUGCAUAUCAGACAGGUAUCUUGAAUAUUCGUCAUUUUGGGUGACGAAAUUGUGUCAGUACUUUGGACAGCAGCAGCAGUUUUAAAAUGUGCGAAUUCACCAGAACUUGGCAGCUAAUUGACACUGUAGUUUAUCUGCUACCAUGCAAGAAUGGAGGAAUCCUAACAACAGACCUUUUUAAAAAGUCUGCCUUGUGACGUAUUUUGCGGAUAAAGGAAAACCCCGCACAGCCAUUUGGCUUGCCGGAUUGGCAAAAUGAUCGUGUGGGUACACCCUCCCCCACCCAUUAGCCUUGUCAAAGGGGGGGGGGGGGGGGGGGGGCCAAUUUCAUUAUCAAAUUCAUUUUUUCAAUUUGAAAAGGCAAUAUCCUGUCACAACUACCAGAAUAAUGCCCCACAACCCUUCCAGGGGGAAUGUUUUUCAAUUCUAUAAAACACUGCUGUGCGUAGCUCCAAAUGAUUCUGAAUUUCGUCAUGAACCAGUUGCACCCCAAAACUAUGUGCAUGGGUUGAUGAGCACACAUACCCCCCUACAAGAUCUGGCUGGAUCCAUCCCUGGCUGAAUAACCCGUUUUCCACUUUAAUAGUAUGUCCUACGUUUUCUGGGCAAAUGAGUUGAACUAAUGAUGUUGUCACAAAAGAGAAUUUCUGCGUUACGUUACUGACUCAGUUAAGUGGAAAACAGGCUUAUCGGUUGCGCAUACUGAGCAAUUGUUACGCGUGUAAAGAACACAUCAAACACUGUACCGGGAUGUGUAUGCAUGACAAUGUACCAACAGCGAAUUCGAUGCAUUUCAAAAAGAAAAGCAUGAGCAACAUUGUGUGUUUGUGUAAUAAUACUGUGUAUAUAUCAUUCAUUUGAAUGAAGUGCAAUUUUUGUUUUCGCCUCGUGUUCAUAAUUCACAACGAUGUGAAACAUAUGUAGCUAGCUAUGAUGUAGCGCACAUUCCAAAACUAUUAAAUUUCUGGAAAUCUAUUGGGCUAUUUGACGGCCGUGUAGUGAAACUCUCAUGCCGAAGAGCACGUCAUUUUGUCCUAAUGUCGAGAAGUGUUUUCCAUUGGCUAACGGUCCUACAGCGCGGACGACGCUAAGUGUACAGAUAUGUUGUUUAUUUGGUUUGGAAAGGGUGAAAACUACAUACCAAACGAAUAUUUAAAACUUGUACUGUAUUGUAUUUCAAUUGACUGUAAACUACAUAUGGAUUUAUACUGUACUAAUUACUGCCUCGUCCCCAGUCGCUUGCUAUCAAAUAAUUAAUUAGGAAAAGACGAAAAUUAAUGGGGGCGCGCGGAAUGAUAGGAAGGGGAGGAGUUGCGGAGUCCUUAGUUGCGGGCGUGCGUCUUUAUCGGGCUUGCAGUGCACGCGCUGAUCUAUAUAUUACCGAUAUUUAAAUUUGAUCUAUAUAGAGGAGCCUGCGGAGGAGGCAGUACUAAUUAUACUAUUUGCAUUAUUUUGCAGGGGAAUUUCAGUGGAUCAUAUUCUUAUUAAUUUUCUUAAAAUAUAUUGUGAUCCAGCUUCGUUAGUGUUGGUUAUAAACACAUCGCCACAAGAGGAGGUAAUGUAUAAUGUGCAAAAUACUCGCAUUGUUGAGCUGAUAUCAAUGACAAGAAGGAACCAUUUAAUAUCCAACAAUUUCCAGUCCAGGGACCAAUUGUUCAAAAGCCGGUUAGCUUAAGCCUGGGUUUACGUGAAAUUCAAAGCAUACUUCCCAGCAGCUUGUUUAAAAACUUGCAAAUAUUUUUUCAGAAAUCUUGUCAGGAUCAUCAGAAGUUGAAUUCUCUAAUGUUUUGAAAUAAACAGAGUCAAUAUAAAAGCGAAUUCUUAAAAUUUGGCAUGGCAACCUCAUUCUCAGCCCGUAGUGAGUUAUCCUCAAUGGAUAAUCCAGAAUUGUCUUUGCCAGUGUAGACAGUGCCAAUAAAAGAACAAGCUUGCGUCGGUAGGGAUGUAACUACCUGAAAACAUAAACCAAAAGAAUGGGUAAACCAUGGUCAUUUAAUCCACAGUUAGCGCUAAUUGCAUGUGCUUUGAACAACCGGCCUCGGAGGGAAAUCAUCUGGCAUCAGACGGAGUAAAAUUACAAACGCCCAUGUUAUACGACCUCUGUUUAGAGCCUGUGUUCUUGUCCAGUAUACAGUGUAAUAGUGUAUAGUGAGACACAGGCUACGAUUAUAACACAACAGUGUAGUGGACUGGGACACAGGCGAUUACGAUUAGCGGAGCUUUGGCGGUGUCACUUUUUAAAAUAGAAGUGCACCACGAACAUACUGUAUAUAAACUGCAUGCAUGUAAUAUAUAGACGGGGCAAUAAACUAAACCAAGUUUAUAUCUAGUAGUUCACUUGUCACAUUUGAUUUUUUUGUCUAUAAUAAGGAUCAUUUGAUUGAAGAACUGGUUACACUUAAUGCACUGGCACCCAAAGCUGUUACCAAUGAAUAUAGUGCAUCGGACAGGUAAUUAUAUUUAAAAAACUCAUUAAUAAUUCAGGAGCAAAACACAAAGAAAAAUCAUAAGCGUGCCGUGGUUAUAUAUGUGAUAAAAAAUGAUGUUAAUUUACAUAAACUUUAGCUUUGCUUUUCUUGGUUUAGACAAAGUUUAUUUUAAAAAUUACUUCGCCAAUGAACUCGUAUAAGAUGAGUCGUUUUUUAAGCCAUUUAAAGCACUUGUAGUCGUGUUUUAUCACAUAUAAAACACUCCGCUACGCGUCGUGUUUUAUAUGUGAUAAAACACUCCUACGCGUGCUUUAAAUAGUACAAUCAUACAGUACCAAAGAGGAAGGGCUAAGGUCAUAUUCUGCGAUUUGUCUAUAAUUGGAACACAGACUACUAUUUGUCGGGCCUAUUUUGCGUUACAGUCCGUUUUCAGCUUUGUUUACAUUUUUGUAUAAAAAAAAGUGGUGACAUCUAUAGAUAUAUUCCUUUCCAGUAAAAUAAAUGAUCAACAUAGCACAACGAAGUUUUGCAAGAACAUAGAACCUAGUUAAACGUUUUGUAUCCCGAUCAAGAGGCCGCAAUGUACGCAUGUGCAGAACGGACUGUACUGCAUCUCAGUUUAAUAAUGUAUCUUGCUAGUUGAUGAUGCCGUCAGAUGACGUUUAUCGCGUAUUUUGCAAAUAUCAUUAAGUUGGGUUUAAAAUCGGUCCGUGAUUUCACAAGCUGUAAAACUACUGUAACUGGUCAGUACAGCCGUACCCUCUUUCGCAAACAAAUCCCACUUUCUGCGCACUCUACCGGUGACGUAACAACCAACUAAUGUGUCAAGACAAUAAUUAAAUGUGGUGCUGAUUGAUUUUCUUUUUUGUACAGAGAAACUCUUUACUUGAAUGGUGGCGUUUUAUUUGUGACUUCUCGUAUUUUGGUGGUGGACAUGUUGACAAAGAAAUUACCAAUACAUCUUGUCACUGGCAUUGUUGUGUGUAAAGCACAUAAGUAUGUUGUUAAUAAGAUCUGACAAGUUUUCGCUUUUUACACCCUGGAUGGUUGAAGUGAAAUUGAAUGCCUUCCCCAAACAACUUUCAUUCACCACCUUGUGUAUCGACACUGAUGGAGAUACAAAAUGAAGAUAAUUCUUUAUAUUUCUCGUCUUCUCUGUUUAAAGCAUGAUUAUUUAUAUGCCAUUUUUCCAAGAACAUCCUGGCCGUAGCGAUCACAUGUUUCGUCAAAUUGAAAUUAUUAUUUGUAUGAAUUAUUAUAUAUAUUUGUAUUAAUAUAUUCUGUAAUGUGAUUUGCAUUUUUUGUUUAUACUUUGCUUUGCCUAAAUCCAUCUGAUUGGUUUAUUUGUUGUCACGUGAUCGCUUUUAUAUUCGUAUAAUUUCGGCCUUCGCUGGAAACGUCGAAUUUCUCCUUGUAUUUUUCAGCCCGCAGUGGCGUAGCCAGGGUUUACAAAAUGGAAGUGGACAAUUUGAGCGCCAAAGGCGCAAACACUGUAGGGGGGGAAUUUUGAAAUUCAGAGCCUCUGAAACGCCAUUUCGUGCAUUUUGGAGUGAGAUUUUGCAAAAUUCAGAAGAUUAUAACGUCAUAAUUCGGUCAAGAAUGCCUGCGUCUUCAGUUAUUAUAUUGCGAAUAAUAAGCUGGACAUGAAAUCGAAUCAGUGUUAUAUUUUUAUUUAAGGAUUAUAGAUUCUUGUCAAGAAGCAUUUAUAUUAAGACUGUACAGGGAAAAUAACAAAGUACAUGCUUACAUUUUCUUUAUUACCUAUUAUAUGCAUUGUCAACCUUUGGAAAAUAUUUUGUUUCUAAAAUCUGACUGUAAAUGUUUUCUACUUUUAUUUCUGUUUUUAGACGGGUUUUAUCAAAGCAUUUUCAGAUGCACCAGAAGCAUUCACUGCUGGUUUUUCUAAAGUUGAACGAGUGAUGAAAAAUUUGUUUGUCAAAAAGCUUUACUUGUGGCCAAGGUGCAGCUGAUGUUAAGAUGUUUCAACUUAAUUAGGAGUGUCAAGUACUACUUAAUUAACAGGCAUAUAUAGAGUAUUAUUUUUACAUUUAAAAACAUUAGCCACUAACUACCGUGAAUGAUUCACAUAAAUUCUGUUGCCGAUAUCCUUUCAAGUACGUACAUCAAAUUUAUUUUUGCAUUUAAGUUGAUUAUUAAAUGCACGUACAUGUAUUUAUUGCAACAGGUUCUACGCACCAAUGUCAGCCUUUUUGGAGAGGCACACG